AUGGCGCUGGUGAACACUGCGAUUGACGAGAUUGGCAUGACGAGCUUCCAGUGGAAGCUGUUUUGGCUGAAUGGGUUUGGAUAUGCGGUUGACUCGCUUCUAGUUGUCUGCCAGUCUAUUGCCAAUCCGGCAGUCCAGCAGGAAUAUGGACUGCCGAGUGCUCACAUAUCCGGCAUUCCUCUGGCUUCACAGGUUGGUCUCUUGGUGGGAGCUGGCAUCUGGGGUUUCUCUGCCGACAUCAUUGGCCGGAAAUUGGCCUUUAACACGAGUCUGCUCUCUUGCGCCGUGUUUGUGCUCAUUGCAGGCGGCAUGCCAUCAUACAUUUCCUUCUCUGCCAUCGUGGCCAUCUACUCGGCCGGUGCUGGAGGCAACUACAUCCUCGACGCUACGAAUUUCCUCGAGUUCCUCCCCACCAGCUACGCAUGGCUCGUCACCUUCAUGGCCGUCUGGUGGGCUGUUGGAUACACCAUCACGGGUCUCCUGGCAUGGGCUUUCAUGAGCAACUUUAGCUGCGCGCCCGACGCGGCGGUAUGUACUCGAGCGGACAACAUGGGCUGGCGAUACCUUCACUUCACUUGCGGCGCGCUCGUGCUCGUCAUGGCGUUUGCGCGGCUGGCGUUUGUGCGCAUGGUGCAGACGCCGCGGUGGCUCAUUGCGCAGAACCGCGACGAGGAGGUCGUCAAGACGCUCAACGACCUUUCGGCACGGGCAGGGACGUCGCACAGCCUGACGCUGGAGCGAUUGCAGGCCGAGGGCGUGGUUCUGCACACUGAGGAGUCCGUCUGGUCGCCGCUGCGGCUCAAGAACCACUUCAAGGGCCUCUUCCAGACGCGCAGGCUGGCCUGGUCCACGACCGUCAUCCUGGCCAACUGGUUCGUCAUCGGCAUGGUCUCGCCGCUGUACAGCGUCUUCCUGCCCUUCUAUCUGCAGUCCCGGGGCGCCGUCGUUGGCGACAGCUCCAACUAUGCGACGUGGAGGGACUACGCCAUCAACCAGGUUGCCGGGCUUGUCGGGCCCGUGAUUGCGGCGGUGCUGAUUGAGACCAGGUGGUUUGGGCGACGGGGCACGCUUGCUGUGGGCGCGCUGAUCACGAUGGUGUUGCAGUUUGGCUAUACGCAGAUCAAGACGCCGGCGCAGAAUCUGGGUGUUUCGGCGGCCAUUUCGGCGGCAUCAAACAUUUACUAUGGCACGAUAUAUGCGUAUACGCCCGAGAUCUUGCCUUCGGCGCAUCGUGCGACGGGCUAUGGGCUCUGCGUCGUCCUCAACAGAGUCGGCGGCAUUCUGGGCGUUUUGGUGGGAAGCUAUGCGAAUGUAGAGACGACGGCGCCGUUGUUUGUGUGCGCGGCCUUGUUUGGGCUGCUUGUGAUUUUGAGUUUGAUACUUCCCUUUGAGUCGAGGGGAAAGAGAAGCCAGUAA